GGGAGCCGAGCCAGAGCCGCUGCCGGCCGCCGGGCUGCUCGUCCGCUGGCAGGGAGGCGCGCUCCGCCGGCGGGCGACAAGGGCUGGGAGGCGGCCGCUGCCCCGGGAUGCCCGCUGCGCGCAGCCGGCGGCGGUCUGAGCCACUUCGCCCUGCGCGGAAAUGUAUGCAAGAAGAGUUCUGAGAGUUUAUUCUACUCCAUUCUGGUGUGAUUAAACAAGACACUGCUGUAUUUUACCUGAGCUUGGCAAAGCAAGGAUAUGAACAAUUGUGCAGGUGGGCUACUCAGGGCGAGUGAAGAGAUCAGGCAUCCAAUCAGGGACUGGCAACCUGCAGCUGGGCCAAUAUGCCCCUCCAUCAGAUUUCCGUAAUCCCAGCCCUGGAGACAGCCAGCAAUGGGAGAAGUUCAAUGGGCAGAAACAAAGAGAAGAACAAGGAAGCCGAGAAUUUCAGAAAUUGAAAAGGGAACAGAGGAAGGAGAAAAUGCUGGGCUGGUGUGAAGCGAUAGCCCGUAACCCUCACAGAAUCCCAAACAACACGAGAACACCUGAGAUCCCAGGGGAUCUGGCCGAUGCCUCACAAACCUCCACACUGAAUGACAAAUCCCCAGGGCGAUCUGCUAGCCGAUCAAGUAACAUUUCAAAAGCCAGCAGCCCCACAACAGGGACAGCUCCCCGGAGCCAGUCAAGGUUGUCUGUCUGUCCAUCCACUCAGGACAUCUGCAGAUCUUCCGUCUUGCAUGACAUGUCAGAAGAUGCAUUUGAACACUGUACCCCUGUCAUGGUCCUGAGUCCUGCUAAGGAUUCUGGUAAGAAACAAGUAAAACAGAAGCCUAGGAGGAGAAGGAGGGCCUCUGAGAGGUAUGAGCAUUCAGAAAAGCAGCUAAAAGGGAGAAAAAAUGACUUCCACCUCCAGAUAUCAAGCCCCAGAUGGAGGGAACUUUACACAGAUUCUUCAGAUUCAUCUUCCACAGAUGAGAGUCACUGGAAUCAGGCCAGGAGGAGAGCCCAGGUUAAACUCAGACUGUCACGGAGAAGGAGAAACAGUAAUAAAUCAUGUGGAAAUCUGGCCGGGUCUUCUAAUCCUAAAGGAAUUGAGCUUAUUGAUUUGGGAUCCAAAGGUGAGCAGCACCAGGAGAUGAUGGAAUGUGAGAGCUGCUCUUUAAACCUCUGCAGAGGAAAACUCCUAAGUUACCAUGAAUGCAGCGCUUCCCUGCCUAGGGGACCCGUUGAGAUGAAGCCACCCUCAAAGAACCAAGAGAGAAACAAAGGCAGAUUCUUCCCCCAAGAUCCUAAGCUCUUGCACAGUCUCAGACAAAAUCAAACAAUCAAGAAAAGGCUUUCAGAAGUGGAUUCCAGCACUGAAACACUGGCGGCCACAGAAGAUGGCAAGCAUGUGGAUGAUGCAGGGCUCCAGGUGCAUAGCUCGGUUCCACAGCCUCCUGCUGCCUGUGAUGAUGGGUCUGACCAUGUAGAAGUCUGCAGGAUUUGUCAUUGCGAAGGGGAUGAAGAGAGCCCCCUCAUCACACCCUGCCGCUGCACGGGGACCCUGCGCUUUGUCCACCAGUCCUGUCUCCAUCAGUGGAUCAAGAGUUCAGACACGCGUUGCUGUGAGCUCUGCAAGUAUGACUUCAUAAUGGAGACCAAGCUCAAGCCCCUUCGGAAGUGGGAAAAACUACAGAUGACUACGAGCGAGAGGAGGAAAAUAUUCUGCUCUGUCACAUUCCAUGUCAUCGCCAUUACCUGUGUGGUUUGGUCUUUGUAUGUAUUGAUAGAUCGGACAGCAGAAGAAAUCAAGCAAGGCAAUGACAAUGGGGUCCAUGCCAAGAUGUGAGACGUAUCAAGUCCAUGUAAAACUUCACAGGAGGAAACACGUAGAUGGCCUUCACCACCACCUUAGGCUUUUCAGGAGCUGAGUGAGGACCAGGUUCUACCUGACAUAAAAAGGCAAACAGUUGUAAAGAUGGAAUUUUAUUACAUUCACCUUACUUGUUGCUUCCUUUAAUGCACAGAGAGGACGCACCAGUAGAGAACGUGGUGUAACUUCUUAGUACCACAUAGUUUGACAGACUGGGCAAGCACUAUGGCUUCAAAUUUAAGCCACGCCCAGUUUGAGUGUAAAGCCAAUGUCAAGUUUGCGAAGAAAGAUGUUCCAGAAUAUCUUCUUGUAUUUAAAAUGGGCAGAUUGUUUAAAACAGAAGCAAAAUACAAAGCACAGUACUAUAAAAUGUCACCAAUACUCAUUUCUGUAGAUCCCCAGUUCUCUUUCCUGUCAGACACUAUGGGUGUCAACCACUAGCUUCCCUCACAGCUGGUGAAACAGGAAGCAGUAUUUCCACACACGCCUAGAAACUGUGAAUUUGAAAGGAGAAGUUUUUCAGAUGGUCCCAUUGUAAGUCUGUAGUGUCGUGAAAAGCAUCUACAUGACCUAUUUGCCCCCAGAACAGAAAUUAAACACAGGAAAAAGAUAAGGUUAAAGGAGAGGAAAAAUAAAGAAUUUUGAAAGGUUUGUUGCUUCUGUUUGUAUGGAUUCAUCUGCAGAAAAAGGCUGGUCCACCCAGACUGGCCCUGUGCCUGGCACACCUACGAAGGCUUGCCUCUAGCAUCUCAGAAGCAGGAGGGGCUGGGAGAGUACCAGGGAUUGUGUGGCCCACCAUAUGCCCUGUGGUGACAGUUAAUGUAGUUUAAAGAAGGGGAGAGAGAGAAGAGCUAGUGGCAGAGUUGCAGGACCUCUGUCCUAUUCUGAAAGCAUGAAAACCCUGCCAAGUCUAAACAAUGGAAAGCCAGAAGGUGGGGGUAUGUUUUGCUUUUCAUUCAGUAAUGACUCAUUUGUGCACUGUAUCAUUCAUAUCAAACUACAUCAUUCGCAACUGCAUUAUGCACUGUUCCAGAAAUUCUUAAAUUUAAAAUGUAUUGCAUCUCAAUUAAACACAUUCCAUGAGAAUUUUGAUUUUUGUUUCUUUGUUGUUUGCUUUUGUUUUGGUGAUUGUUGCUAAAUUCUAAAUCCACGUUUCUUCUAGAUGUAGGUAAAAGUCAGGUACAGAAUGUGUGUCAUACACACUGCAUCACAUGUGCACAGAAAAAUGGGGGCUUCCCUGCCUCACGUCACCCAGUGCACUGGGAGGGCUCCGUUGCUUUCCUGGCAACACAGAGCAGACCUGAUGCCCACUUCAUAAGUUUGGAUGACUCAUUAGAACUCAACAUUUGAGAACCAGGAAUUUGCCUGGAGGUGAUACAGCCACUGUCUUCUCCCAGGAUUCACCCUGAGUUAGCCUGUAGGGAUCCUCUUCUGGAGCUACAGGAGAAGAAAAAAAGGUGAAGGCAGAAAUAGUCCAUCUCAUUGAUAGGCCGACCCUCAUCAGACACUCCUAAGAAAAUCCCUCAUAAAUAUUUAGCUGUACUUCUAAGACAUGUGACCUGUGAUCAUUUAUCCUACAGUGAUCAUAACCUUCUCGACUUGGGCCACCUAAGUCUCUUCAGAAUCCCCAAAUUCUGUGGCCCUUCCACUGUUCUGUUUCCCUGCUUAUUUAUUCUUCUGUGUUUAGCUGCUCCACCUAUGUUGACAACCUCCCACAUUUACCUCCUGCUCAUAACGUGCUCCAGCCUGGGUAGCUGCCUCCUCACCAGGGCCUGGCACCCGCAGUGGCCCCGACUCAGUGUGUCAGCCAUAGCUGCCCUGUCUCUCACUCUGAACACUGUGGAAGGUAUCAGUGACGUCCAACAGCCAGGUCCACCACCAGCCUUCAUUCCUGAUCCCCUCUCCUCCGUUAAUCAGUCACCAAAUCCUGUUUGUUUUACUUCUUUCACUCCUGGAGUCUGGCCAUUUAUAUCCUUACAGUGGCCAAAAUCCAGUUGCAAACUAUUGUUCUUUUCUUACUUGAAAACUGCAAAAGCUUCUUAAUUAAACUUUCUCCAGUUGUGCCAUGGUCUGUAAUGUAAUCACGCCAAAUUUACAAAAUCGUGAAUGGAUCAAAUUCUGUUUCCAUUUAGCCAAUAUUCUCAAUUUAUAACCCAAACUCUUUGGUGGGUUGUGCUUCCCACCCAGAACUCAGCUGUCAGUGAUCAGGCUGAACAUCCACUGUGCUCCUCUCCAGUCUACUUCCAGACCCCUCGCACAGCCUUCCUUUUAUGUAAGGCGUUUCCUCUUGUCUUCUCUUGCCCACCACCAGCACAUACACAGACACUCACCUGGCCUCACCGCCUCCCUGGCUCUGAGUCACUGUCGGCAGGUAAUAGCACCCACUCUGGGAAUCCUACUUCAGCUCCACAAUCUAGGAUAAUUACUGCUAUCACAGUGGUUCUUAUCAGCCCACGACCAACAUUAGCAUCCACUAGGUGUUUGUGGAUGUGCAUAAAGAUAUACAUUCUAACCUUGCAUUCCCCUGGACCUAUCACAAGAGUCCUGAGGUGCAGAAGAGCGUUUUGUGCUUUGAAGUCUAGAGACAAUUCUGACGCCUGCCAAGGUUUGAGAGCCACUGUCUAAUACUGUGCAUUUCCACAGCAUCCUGCAUCCUCCUCCAUGGGGACACUCCACUUUGCUUGCAUAUUAGUAUUGCCUGAUUAUCAAUAUUGUUGCAGAGAUUCCAUAAUACUAUACAAAGCCUGAGCUCUAUCCCUAGAAAUUCAGACUUAAUUCCCUCUAUGUGAUGAAGCAUGUUAGAAGUCACGGUGAGACUCUCAGCUCUGUCGUGAGACUCACUACACUGAUGUUGCUCACUGAAUUCUGUCUCUCCCCUCACUUGCUCACAGCAGGUUGCGCUGUGUCUGUAUAGAUCACCACUGUGUCCCUGACUGGCUGUGUCUUGGAGUUGCAAGUAGCUUAGUCAACUUGGUAGAAGAAAUAGUGAAGCAUGAAUGCUUUGCACCCAUGAUUUUCCACCUUGUAUUUUCCUUUACUUGAAAUAUUUAUUUCUUUCUCAGUUCUGUGUGAGUACAGAAUUUCUGACCCAGUCUCCCAAUAGAUCGUCCUUCAAGGUAGUCAGAUUUCCCAAUAAAAUCUUAACUAAUAGUCAAAAGUCAGCUUUUAUGUUAUGAAUUAUUUUCAGUUUCUUAAAGGCAGCUGAAAAUGGAAUCAUUUUUAUCUUUGGUGUUCAAAACUUUUGAAUUAGCAAACAAGAUGUCUGUCAAGAUGUGGAGUUUAUGGUUAUUCCUACAGGAGUGAAACCAGGGGACAGUUCCUAGUACACAUGGAAACCGCAGUGGCUUUUAUAAAAGGUUUUGUCUGAAUUUAUGCUCAAAUUGCACUUGAGAUCUUACUUCCCAAUUAUGCAUUAAAAGGAAUGUGGGCAUCUCUAUGAUUGUUUUAACCUUCUCUGGCACUGGGACUCGGAGUGCUGAUCCUUGAUUUACUUUUAAAAUUUGGGGGAAAAACUUCAUCCUUUAACAGCUACAUAUUUCAAAUCUAUCUAGAAAACCUUCAGAAAUAUUUGAAGAGGAACAAAUUGUCCUUUUCAACCUGAAUUGAGACUGCAUAUGAAACAGUAAAACCUUUUGAACUGUAAUGACAAUGCAGAAAAAAAUCUUCGUGUGCUUUAAAAUAUGCAAGAUUAAAUAUGCAUGGUGCUAGAUAUGUCUGUCACUCUGGUCUCUAUUUCCUGAUGAUAAAAUACAUGCAGUGAAAUACAUGGCAUUUGAGAUUUUAACACUCUAAAUUACUCUUAUUGCUUGAAUUUGCACAAUUUUUCCACCUGCCCUAUCUUUACUGAUUCUGGAAGAGUGAUCCAUUACACUAUUCAUGUUUUAAAUUCAAAACACAAAAAUACAAACUAAGAAAGCAACAAUUUGUAGCAUAUUCCUUAUGCACAGAAUUUUUUUUUACUUUUGAAUAUUUGCAUGUACAUAAUGAGAUGUCUUGGGGUAAGACCCAAAUCUAAAUGUGAAAUACACUUAUAUACAUAGUCUACAAGUAAUUUUAGUCUGAAUGUCAUCUACAACCCAUCAAAUGAGCUAAAAAAUGAGCUGGAGUUUCCCACUAUGGUGACAUAUCAGCACUCAGACUUUACAGCAUCUUUUAUUGUGGAUUUCAGAUUACAGAUGCUGAAUCUAUACUAAAGAAAAUGUAGGUGCAGAUACCAAUGUUGUCCCAGAAUUAUUUAAAUAUAUGCAUCAUAAGGGAGUACAAUAACAACCUGAUUUUGUUUUCUUGACUGACUCUCUUGUGAGGCUCUAGCUCCUCCAGGGCAGGCACUGUCCCUCAUUAUUCAGAAAGCACUUGGUUAGGAGAGGCUCACACAAUCUGAAUAGCUGUGGUUGACUUCAGCCCACAUAUAAUAACAACACAAGUAUAAUAAACACUAGGUUGAGUGAAUUGUCAAAAGGCCAGAGUCUUAGUUCUUCCUUGGUCACUGGUUAUGAUGAGUGAAGCAAUUACAUUCUCUGAAGCUCAUUUUCUUAUUUGUAAAACCAGAAGAGCUGGACUUGGAGUCCUCUAAAGAUUCUUUUGUAUGAUUCAUUUUUCAGAUAUCAUGAACCUGACCUUGCAUCAUAAUAUAUGUGAGCAUUUAGAUAAACAACACACAUAUAUCAUACAUGCUUACUGACUGUACAAAUUAUGAUAAAAUAAAGGGAAAGAUAGAUUCAAGUUUUGCUAUUGUUACUUAAUAAUUUAUCCAAAUGCAGAGAGGCAACCAGGAGAAAACUGCCUGACAUAUGUGCUUCCUUCUACAAACACAUUUAAUAACAGCAUAACCUUAGCCCAAAACGUCCCAACUUAACAGUGAGAUACUUUUUCUAAAUAUACCCUGCCCUUUCAGGGUCUCCUCUGCUAUUUGGUGAUUUUAAAAGACACACUCCGGGAGUCUCCAGUUCCACAAUCUGCUACAUACAAUACGCAGAAAACUGAGAAAUCAAGUUUAAAACAUGGAGAGACAUUAUAAAUCAUAGUUUAAAUAUGAGAAAAUAAACAAUUUGCCAGAUCUCCAGCUAAUUAACAAAACCCACCUGGGACUACGAGGUUCACUCAAUUUGACCUUAAGAGUAAAGCAGAAAAGUGAAAUAUUCCAGAUACCUAGCCAGUGCAGCUCCAGGGGAGAAAAAUGGGGCCUUGAUUGACUUGCAACAGAAAUACAUUUUCUGAGACACAAUAUUGCUGGAAAGUAGAUGAGUCAAAAAGGAGCAAAUGGAUAUGCAUCAGUUCAUAAGCCGUCGUCAUCUGAAAAGCUUGGCAUAAAAGUUUCCUAUCAGACACAGCAUACACAUUUGCUCCUUAAGCAUUCAAGAACCAUUUAGUUUAUUUCUGGUAGGAUUUCUGAGGUUUUCUCCUGAAGAAGGGAAUGAUAACUACAAGGGAUGCCCAGAGACACACACAGUGGAUGCACAGUGCUUCCUAAGUGCUAGAGCCCUGCCCAGCAGCUAACUGGACUUCUGCCCUCCUAGACUUUGCAGAGUUUCAUUCCCAGGAGUCAAGAAGGGACACUUUCAGGCCCCAUGGAGUGAAAGCUCUGCUGUUAAUCCAUAGCUUCAUCCGCCAAAGACUGUAGCAUUUAAAUCAUUCAGAGCAUAAUAUAGUAACCAUUUACAUCUACAUAGCAUGAUCUAGAUGUCAGGCAAAGUUAAUUAAUCCCCUAAGAACCCUAUCAGGAGGUAUUAUUUACUUCCACUUUAAGUGAUGUACCAAUGAGCCUCUGCUGUAUAAUGAACCAGGAAUUCGUGCAGAAAAACUACCACUGAGAAGUCAUCAACCACAAUAAGGGAAAUCCUGUUGGCUUUGGUUGCAAAGAAAUUGAAUAAAGUCCUGGAUUAUUUUGGGUUUAGGGAAUUUCUUAGCUAAGAAGGAAGGGGUGAGAGUUAAGGAUGGCAAAAUAGUAACCAUAAAGGAGAUGAUGCCCCUGGGUUGCAGUGGUGCUGUUUAUAGAUGUAAUCUGAUCUGAAACAGACACCUUCCCUUGAACAUCCCUAAUAUUUGUCUCUUGGUUCAAAUCCAAUAGAUAGCAAGAUGAGGAAAAUGAAGGGGUUUCUUAUGUUAAAAGUAGUUUAUGAACUUUAGUUUUCAUCCAUUUUUAUAUUUUUCUUCAAAUUUUUUUGUGACAGCUACUUUCACCCUGACACCCCAGCUUCUUCCAUUUGCUUUCUAGAAUAAUGUCACACAGCUGGAAACCUCAGCAUGUAGGACGAGCCUUGAUGUUCAUGUCUAUUUCUUUGUCUACAGUGCUUUCGCUUGCUCUUUAAAUAAACAUUCCUUACAAAUUGUGGUUCCAGCAGCAUUAUACCUUCAAGCAUUUUGUGUAAUGUAGCACUCUGAUUCCUCUAAUUAGUAAAAUUUUGAAAAUCACAUUCAAGGCAAAAUGUACUGACAACCUUAAAUCUGUCCUGGAAAGAACACUGACUGCUUUGACAGAGUGUAUUCAAAUACCACAUCACAUAAAUUCAAUUAUAAAAACAAGGCCUGGGGGAAUUUAUUUAAUAAUCAUAUAUUAAGGCUGUUUGAGAACUCAUUGCCUUAGCAUGAUGUUAUGGAAUGCAAACAAAAAAUUAAAUUUAUUAAGAAGAACAAAAUCAGGGCCGGGGAUUUAGCUCAGUGGCUCAAGCUCUUUGCCUGGUAAGGGUGAGGUCAUGAGUUCAAUCUGCAGAACCAAAAACAAAACAAAACAAAAAAAGACUUAAAAAAAAAAGAAAAACAAAAUCCACAUUUCUUCAGAUAAUAAUGGUAGGCAGAAUAUUUUUUCCUGCAAUUCCUGUUCAAGAAUUUCCAAGAAAUGCUCCAGAAGGAGAGGUGGACAGAGUUUAUUGCUAAACCUACAGAAAGAGUCCAAGAACAAAAGCAGCAGGAGAGAUGAGUCCUUUAUUUCAGCGAUAAGAGUGGAUGACUGAAUUCACGGAAGCUGUAUUUUCCAAACUCUUCUUCCAAACUGGCCAAAUGCUCAGAGCCUUUCCAAGUACAGCCUGCAGCUUCAAACCAUAUUGGUGAAAACAAAGAAUUCUUUGGAUUAUACUAAUAUCUGCAAAAAAUGAAACUUUGUUUCUCCCCUUCCCAGUUCUCCUCUUUCCUUAUCAUACACAUUCUCUCAUUUUUGGAGAAGAUAGUGUAGAAACUGAGCACUGCACAAAAUUGAGUAAGAAGACAAUUUGUUAAGUCUCAAUAAAAGGAGGCAAGUAUAGCUUACCAAUGAAAACAUUCUUGAAAUACCCAUUUAGCACCAUUUGAGGGUCUUCUCCCACAAUAUGUGUAUAGUGAGUUUUCCAAGGUAAAAAUUGUACAAUUAGUCAAUAAUCAUCUCUUUCAUAGGAAAAAAACCAUUUAGUUUAAAGAAAGGGAAACAAUAGGCUGUCUCUUGAAGAUGACCACCUGUCCAAUGAGUUUGGAUCCAAAUGGCUUCUGUAUGUGAGAUUAGAUGAUAUUUAACCCUAAACUCAGUCCAGGGGCUCAGGGGGAGCUUGGCCGUCCCAAGGAUGUAUUGCUGAAGGAUGCGCUGAGCAGAAGCAAUCAAUUCACAGUUACCUUAGAAAGGAAAGAUAGAUUGAUUCUCUUAAGGCAGGACAAAGAAAAUUGGCAGCUCAUUGUUCCUGGCUCAUUUUUUUUCACUACAUUAUGGAUUUUAGUCACUAUUACAGGAAAGAAAGAUAGGAAAUAAGUAAAACUUUUUUCAGAUUGUCCAACAAAAUCAGAGCUUCACUGACAAGAGCAGCUGUAAAGCUUUCACUCAUUCUUAAAAUACCUGCUGAACAAGGUAUCAUAGAAAACAGACUAUCCAGGUUUGGCCUGUCAAAAUCGUAGCAUGGCAAAGAUAAAAUAUUUACGCUAAAAAGUGAAUUCAUGCCACAAGGAAAGAAAUGAUAUCAAACUGAAACACUGAGAAAAUUAAUUCCCAGCAAGCAAUUGCUUCUGACUUGGGUUUCUUGUUUUGGAGGAGGGCAGAGCAGUAAUCAGAAACAGGGAAGCAAAAUCCAGAAAAAAAGAAUCAUGAGCAAGGUUCAGAAAUAGCAAAUCUCUAGGCAUUUCAUGAUAGUUUUGAUUUAGCAAAUAAAAAGGUGGAUGUGAUUCAUGACGAUUUCCCUGAAAAUGGAAGAUAAAGCACAUUUCAUCACCAGGUUGUCUGUGGUUGAGUUUUUUAAAUACAUACAAAUUACUGCUCAGAGCCCCCCGCCUCCCUGAAAAAGUAAUCCUUCAACAUUUGGAGAACUCCAGUAUGUCUUAUUUGUAUACUGAAUCCUCCCUGUUAACUUCCUAUUAAACAAACCUGUGUGUCUUCUACAACAGGGAUUCUCAUCCUCAGCACUACUGACAUUUUAGAAUAAUCCUUUGGUAAGGAACCAUGCCAGGCAGAGAUCACUCAACAGGCAUAUGUGAAAGCAACAAGGCGUUCAAUUUCAUACUUGAAUGCAGGCAGACAGAGGGCCGAAGAGGCCAUCUGCAGGAAACAAAGGCAGGCAGGCUUCUCUAUAUGGUGUCUUAGUUACUUUUUACACAUUGCUGAGACAAAAUACUUGAUGCGCAAAUUUAGGGAAGGAAGGUUUAUUUCUUACAGUUUUUAAAGGUUUCAGUCCAUACUAAGUUGGCUCCCAGGCAGCAUGACAUGGCAAGGCAGCCAUUCACGGCCACUGCAAACAGCAUAAAUGAAAGCGAAAGCAAAGAAGAAAGACCCGCCUUCUUCCCGUGGUUACACUGGCUCCACCCCUGGGAAGGUGAAACAGUCACAUUACUAAUCUGAGCGCUAGACAAUGAACCAAUCACAAAUGCUAGAUUCAGUAACCUCCAAGCCUGAAUGAGGCUUUGGGGGAACAUUUAAAUAAACCACAACUAUAACUUGAAAGAAGGCAAGGGACAUUAGAUAGGGAAGACCUUAGGAAUCAUCAGUGGUCAAAUUUUUCUAAAUGUCUUGUGCCUUAGUGAGUAAAGUCCUUGAGCUGUCCAGUGUCUUCAGAUAUCCUGAUGCUUGGAAGAGUCCAUGCUCUGUUUUAUCCCUUUUAUGAUAUCCUGUGUUUGCGGAGAGCAACUUUGGUGCUGAGCUGGGCCUUCAUUGAGAACAAAGCCACUGCUGGUACACAGGUUGGACAAUGGGAAAGUCAUGUCCAAAUCAAGCCUGACACCUUUGUUGGAAGAACAGGACAAUGUUCAGCAGUAACCCUGACCUCUGUUUACUAAGAGUCAAUGGCAGCCCUCCUAACUCAUGUCUGACGAUGUACAAUCUCUUCAGACAGUACCAGAUCCCCUUAAAGAACACAAUCAGCAGGCUCAGAGUCUGCAGCCUGCAAUGAGUCAGUGUGCUAAUGGCUGCUUCUCUCUGUGCAAUGAAAACUAGAAAAGUCUUUUGCAUUCCAAAUAUGAAGACUCUGCACGAAAAGGAAUUUAUCUUUUGCCAUGCUACUCUGCUUUCAGUGAGAACAUAUAUAUUAUCCAGCCAUUUAUAUAUGUGUGCCACCACUUAUCUAUGAAUACUAAAAUUAUACAUUCCAGAUUAUUCAAAUUCCUCAUAAAAUUAUUCACAAAACUUGGAUUUAAAGCAUUUUAAAAUAGAUAGCAGGUGAACUUCUUUCUAUGCAAAACAUGAAUCAAAUUCCAAAACUAUCAAAGAUUGCAAGGUCAAGAUCAUUGAGUAAUGGUCUCAAUUUGGGAAUUAAAUACCAAUAGCAAAAAAGGAACAAGGAGAUCAAAACUUGAACUAAGUCUUUAAAGGUCUUUGAGCUGUGUAUUUUUAUUUCAUUUUCUUUGCUGAAAUACCAGAAAAAUUAAGAUGUGAGCAAUGUUUAUUACAUCCACUUGAUUUUUUAAAAUAAUAUAUUUUAUGAACUUUUUCAUGAAGAAACUGAGUCUCUUUAAAUAUAUAUAGAACAAUAAAUUAUUCCAAAAUAAAUAAAUGUACAUUAUGUUUCAAGUAUAGAUUACAUAACCCAAAUCUUUAGAAAGAAAGCUGGAGCUGUGAAAGUAAGACAAAAUUUUUUUUGUUUUUGCUUUGCUGGGAAUUGAAUCCAGGGUCUCACACAUGCUGUGCAAGCACCUCACCUGAGCUAAAAUCUCUAGGCUAGAAAUUUUAAAAGGUUAUGCUCAUUGCCCAAAAAUCAUUAUUUUAAGGCAUUUAUUUUACUUUCUGUAAUAAAGUUAGUUGCUAAAUUUGUGAAUAAAUAUAAAGCAUUUAUGUGCCAUAAUUUCUGUAAUUAUCUUUUUUUUUUUUUGUCCUUCAAUGAAGCUCUUUCUGCAGGGUUCUAGAACAUCGGGUAAGAGUACAGUGUUGUCACUAGAUAGAUACCUGCUGUCAAUACACACUAAAUAUGCAAAUUUAUGUGAACAAAGAAAUCAAACCUGGGCAACAUACUUCCAUUGUUAAAAAUCGCCAUCAUUAGAAUCAAAGAUAUCUGUAGGUGAAAGGAACUAUGGGAAUAUUAGCAUAUGACUAACAAAAUACUGCCAAAGAUCCAAUGCAGUCCACUGUGGACUUUAAACUUUCUAAAAUUAAAAGUUCUAUAUUCUUCUUGCCAAUAGACAAUGUUUCAGUUUGUGAGAUCAGAAAUAGAUAUGGUGCCCUGGUUCUCCUUGUUUAUCUUAGAAAUAAAGUACUUUGUCAUGAUGGAGACACAGUAUCUUCUUUGCUUUUCAAAACAUAAAGCAGGAGAUUGGUACCAUGGUACAUGCCUGUAAUUCUAACGUUUUGGGAUGCUGAUGAGAGCAGGAUCCCAAGUUCAAAUCCAAUGUGGGCAACCUAACAAGAACUUCUCUCAGAAUAAGAAAACAAAAACAGGAGCUAAGGAUAAUAGCUCAGUGGUAGAGUGUGCUGGCUUGAUUCCCAAUAAUACACCUCUAUACAUGCACGUACAAAGGACCAUAAAGGAAAUAGCACUAUUAUAAGACAUAAUAUAUUUUUAUAACUGUUCACUGUUACAAUAAAAGUCCAACACAGAAGCAUAGAUUCUUUUUUUAUUAAUUUUAUUUUAUUUAAAAGGAAAAAGAGAAAAAAAGCAGAACAAACAAAACAGUGUAAGGGUACAAGUAAUUCAGAACUACAGUAAGCUAUCACCAGUCAAUAGACCACUCGCUAUCAUCUUAGAAACGGUGUUUCAGGUCACAGGAUCAAAGCACACAAAGCAAACAUUCAAACAGUGAGACUGCAAACAGUUGUGUUCAGUAAUCCAAUCCAAAAUAUUAAUAUGGUCUUCUAUGUAACACACCUAAACACCCUUGCUGUUGUAUCCUUCAGGGCACUUUUCUUUCCCUCUCUUUAUUACAACAAAAUUUACACACUUUGGGCUUUAUUGCUCCCUUAGAUCUUAUUACUUUUUUUUUGUAAGAAAAUAAAAUCAAGCAUGACAAAACAAAGCUGUCAGUCAAAACCAAGGAUAGACAUAGCACAUGAUGUAAAAACAGAGUAUACAGUACAAGGUUAUCAACAAUGGUUACCAUAAUGACUCUUGCAUCCUUAAGAAGAAUUGUCUACCUCUUUAGGUAUUAUAAAGUUAAACAAAACAGUAGAGAAUAAGACCAAUAAAACCUAAACUUUGUAAAUCUUACAGAACCUCAAAAGAGGAUAAUAGUCAAACCAGAAUGGGCAUCAUAGUGAAUCUUAUUGCCCUCAAAGUAGUUGCCUAUACUCUGAUACUUGAUACUUUCAUACAGAGCAGAAUAGAGUCUAAUCAGUCAAAACAAGAUAACAGGGGUAUUACAGGACUUCAAGUUGAUAGGAAAUCAAAAAAGAUACUAUAAUAUAUCCUGCUAGUUUUUUUAUUUUUUCCCCUUAGUUUAAAAAAGAAAUUUUAAAAAUUAAAUAAUUUUUUAAUGAAUAAGGGAGAGGUUGAGAUAAAAGGGGGCAUAACAACAUAACAGUACAGGUUAAUGCAUGACACUUUCAGCAACCUAGUGCUUCACCACCAAAUAACCCAACUUAAUAGUAGUUACCAUAGUGUCUUUUUCUUUGAAAUAUUUGAAUAUAAAGAAGCAUAUUUUCUUACAUCCUGUGGUUUCUAGCCCUUCCUACUAUGCUAUCCUGAACCAUAUGCUUGACAACUUUUCUCAUUAAGCAAUUAUGUAACUUACACGACCUUGGUGUUGGAAAAAUUGACUUUGAUCAUGUAUUUCACAUUUGCUGUGAGUGGGCUUUGUAGUUACAGAACUCCUGUAAGGUAAUUUUUAAAACUGCUUUUCGGUAAAAGGAAGCUUUUUUUCCCCAGCAAAAGAAAUUAAAGGAAAAUAUAGAUGUCUAGGAAAGUGAUGGAUCAUGGCGGUAAAAUAUAAGAUUUAAGAAAUGAAUGGUUAAAAUACUCCAAUCUUUUCAUGUCUAUAUCCAGUAAUUCUGUUUGGUAAGGAAGACACAGCAGUUUUCCUUCUCGUUGUUUUUCUCAGGUGGAAUGAGGGUUGGGAGGUCUGUCUACAGAAGCCCACACAUAUGUCACCAAUUUUCUCCUUCCUCCAUGUUCCUGUCCUGCAGAUCAUGAAGAACGAAGCCCAAGAACACAGCAGCAGGGAACUGGGUGUAGUUUAUUAGAAAAAACAGAAAAGCUCUCUCCAGCUGAGGGGCCCCAAGGGAGGAAGCUAUGGAGGAAUUCAAGUCCAGAGGUUUAUAUGCAGACUUUGUACAAACAUGAAAUGGUGUGGUCAUGCUUUUGCUGUCUUCUGACAUUAGAGAAUGAGCUUUUCCUCACAGUCUAACUUCCCAGGGCUUCUGUCAGUUUACUGGGGCUGGUGCCUGCACCUGCCUAAGCCCUUUAUUUCCUGAUCUCACACAUGUCCAUUACUUCUCUGUGCUAAAUGGAUUUUAAAUUCUGACCCUUGCCGGGGAUUUAGCUCAGCAGCAUAAGUGCUUGCUUGGCAAAUGCAAGGAUAUAAAUUUAAUCCCCAGUACCAAAAACAAAAACAAAAACAAAUUCUGACCCUUGCCAUCAAUAUGUUCAUUAUUCUUUCUUAAAAACUUAGUUAAAGGGGCUGGGGAUUUAGCUCAGCGGCAUAAGCACCUGCCUUGGAAGCAGGCAGUCGUGAGUUCGAUCCCUGGUACCGAUAAAAAGACAAAAACUUAGUUAAAAGGAGUAAGUGCUGGAGUAUUCAAAAUCCAAUAUGGUAUUUCAUAAUUACAGCAAGUAACUGAUGCUAGGAGAGAUCACUGAAGUGAUAGUUGAGAAAAUUUCCUCAGUUUUAACAAUAUGUUUAUAACAGUUGAAAGGAAUUAGGCUGACAGUUAUAAAUCUUCCGAGUCAUUAACAAUAUAUUUUUUAACAAUAUGAUUUGGCAGGUAUGUUCUUUUGAAGGGAACUAUUGAAAAAAGAAAACUACCAAAUCCAUUAACAUCUUGUUGAUAACGUUCUCUUU